UGUUACGUAGUCUUCUAACAAUGGGGGUGGAAGCUAAGACAAAGGCAAGUUUUCCCACCAAAAGUAGAAAAUCAAGCCUAGUUGAUCAAGUUCCAACUGAUAUCCUGAGGUUCGUCUUCAAAAGGCUUAGUUUCAUUGAUCUUGUUCAAGCCAAAGCUGUUUGUUCCUCUUGGAACUUACUUGUAGAAGAGUUUGUUUCAAGGAUGCCCUGGCUUAUGCUUCCUUCGAAGGAAGAGGUAGAAGGAGGAGAUGGUACUGAUGUUAAUAACAAUGGCUACAGUGGGUUUUUGAAUCCUGGGGAGAAUCAGGUUUAUAGCCUGAAAACGAUAUCAAAGGAGUUUAGGGAAAGUUGUUGCAUCGGUUCAUCAAACGGGUGGCUAGUUUUCUUGGAGGAAAAGGCAGUCCCGUUUCUGUUCAACCCUUUCAAGCAAAUCAAAAUACAACUUCCUUCAGUUGAUCUUCUGCUAGGUUUAUUAAAGAUGGAAAGAAACAUGGAGGGUCAAUAUGAACUCGACUACUUCAAGCAUUCUAGGUUUGGAUUUAGUUUCUGUAAUAAGCAACAAGUACGACAAUGUUUUAUUCAGAAAGCAAUCCUGACAGGAGAACCUGACUGCAAUAACAAAAACUAUGGUCUGAUUUUGUUGUGCAAUGAAGGGGAAGAGAUUGCAUAUCAUGAAAGUGGAGAUAGUUACUGGACUAUGCUUGACGUUAGCCAUCCACCAUAUCAAGAUAUCAUAAGCCAUAAAAACUAUCUUUAUGCAUUGAGUGAGCAGAAUACCGUUGAAGUAUGGGAUGUUCAAGGUGGUUGUGUAAUGAAAAAAUUUGAUAUUGAUCCUCCUUUUCCUGAGAAAUCACUUGCCAAAGGAAAAUCCUUUGGAGAUCUUUGUACUAACAGGUUUUACUUGGUUGAAUCAUGUGAGGAUCUUCUGCUUGUUGUGAGGUACAUUGGUUAUUCUGUGGAUUGGGAUGGGACACUGGUUCAUGAAGCAGAUCUUUUAACCGAUCACUGCACACACCCAAAGGUUUGUCCUUACAGAACGUGUUUGUUUCAUGUUUAUAAGUUGGAUUUCAUUGCGCAAAAAUGGGUUGAGAUGGAAUCUUUGGGUGAUCGAGCUUUGUUCUUGGGUGGAAAUCAGUCUGUUUCAGUCUCAACCCAAUCUUUUCCCAACUGUGAAGGGAACUCAAUUUAUUUCACCGAUGAUUUUUGGGAGAAAAUGGAAGAAGAUUACUUGUAUGGAGGCCAUGAUAUGGGAAUAUACAACUUGAAAGAUGAAAGUGUGAAGCCAAUUUAUGAAUUCUAUUCAGACAAGAUUCAGCCACCACCCUGUUGGAUCAUCCCCCAAGCCAUGCUAGGAGCCUAA